GGGAAAUCCACGUGAGACAUUGUACACGUCGUCAACGGCUGACUGCGUGAGUUGUAAGAGAAUCGCUUCUUCUUCUUCUUCCUUCUUUCGUCGCUCUCUCAAUCUUCUUCUUCUUCUUCUUCAAACUUCAUCUCAAAUUUAAAGGUAAUAAAAUCCUUCAUUUUAUUCAAAUAGAUUGUAUUUCUAUCUAAUCAAACUCAAACACAAUUUUCAUCAUCAUUCAUUCACUUGUACAAUUAUUCAAUUCCAAAUUAUAUAUAUUCUUGCCUUUAUGCUUCCAAUUCGAUUAUGUCUUGUAUAACCCUUUUGAUUUAACAUUCAUAUUUUCACUUUAUCUGAAGUAUAUAUAUUAUUCUAUCAUCAAGGGUUGAGAAUAGUGUUUAAUGGAUAAUAAUUAUGGUUCAUCAUCUUCUCCAUACCGUUAUCCAAACCCAUAUAUGUAUCCCCCUAACCCCAAUCCUAACCCUAACCCUAACCCUAAUCCACCAUAUCCACCUCCAAAUUCAGCUCCUUAUCCAUAUCCUUACUUUUCUUCACAUUCCUUUAACUAUUCUUAUCCUAGAUCACCACCAUCAUCAUCAUCAUCCAAUUUGGAAUAUUCAUACCCUCCUCCUCCUCCUCCUCCUCCUCAUCAAUUAGUACCCCCUUCAGCCCCACCUUCUUAUCCUUCUUAUGCCUACCAUGUUCCUCCAAGUACUCAUAAUAUUCCUCCUCAGCCUUACCUUUCACACCAUGCUAGUUUCCAACAUGGAUCAUCAUCUCAACGUUAUUAUUAUCAACAAAGUGAUCCUUAUGCUUCUCAUGAAGUCCGUCCCCCCGAUGCACAUUCGCGUCAUAAUAGCUUCUCUGGUCCUUACUGGCAAGACACCUCGAGUAGUUCCCCAGGUGGUGGUGGAGUAUCGUUGCCACAAACUAGUGGUGAUAAUAAUUCAAAGCCUUCUGUUUAUCCACCUUUGGAUGAGAUAAUGAGUAAUGUUAGGUUGUCUGAUAAUAACCAACCAACAGCUCCUGCAUCGCCUCCUGCUCCUGCAGUGCAGCCUUUUAUGCAUUCGGUUUCGGUACCAAAGAUGCAACAGAAGAAGGAGGAUUUUUAUGGACAUUCUAACAACUCUUUUUCAGGUUGGGGAUCGUCUUACCCGAAUCGGGUGGACUCUGGUAGAUUUUCGAAUUAUUCUGGCGGCUCGUUUAAUGACUCGAUGUACAGUCAGAACUUGCAGGUCGUUCCGACGCAGAGCAAAGGGUCAUUGAGAGUUUUGCUCCUUCAUGGAAAUUUAGAUAUAUGGGUUCAUGAAGCCAAAAAUCUUCCAAAUAUGGACAUGUUCCACAAAACAUUGGGUGAUAUGUUUGGUAAAUUACCUGGUAGUGUGAGCAAUAAAAUUGAAGGAACUAUGAAUAAGAAGAUUACAAGUGAUCCUUAUGUUUCAAUUUCGGUAUCAAAUGCUGUAAUUGGAAGGACUUUUGUCAUUAGCAACAGUGAAAAUCCUGUUUGGAUGCAACACUUCUAUGUUCCCGUCGCACAUAAUGCCGCUGAAGUGCACUUUGUUGUUAAAGACAGCGAUAUUGUGGGUUCACAGCUCAUCGGUAUUGUGGCAAUUCCAGUGGAACAAAUAUACUCAGGGGCAAAAGUUGAAGGAACUUACUCUAUCCUCAACAAUAAUGGGAAGCCUUGUAAGCAAGGGGCUGUACUGACCCUAUCCAUUCAGUACAUCCCAAUGGAGCAACUGAGCUUUUAUCAUCAAGGAGUUGGAGCAGGACCUGAAUAUAUCGGUGUACCUGCCACUUAUUUUCCUUUGAGGAAAGGUGGAGCCGUUACGCUAUAUCAAGAUGCUCAUGUUCCAGAUGGAAGCCUCCCUAAUGUGUUGCUUGACAAUGGAAUGUUUUAUGUGCAUGGAAAGUGUUGGCAUGACAUCUUUGAUGCCAUUAGUCAAGCUCGUCGCUUGAUUUAUAUUACAGGAUGGUCAGUGUGGCACAAAGUUAGGUUGGUAAGGGAUGCCGGUUACGCGUCAGAUUAUACCUUGGGCGACCUUCUAAGGACAAAGUCACAGGAGGGUGUAAGAGUGCUUCUCCUUAUUUGGGAUGAUCCUACAUCAAGAAGUAUUUUGGGUUAUAGAACAGAUGGGGUCAUGGCAACUCAUGAUGAGGAAACUAGAAGAUUUUUCAAGCACUCAUCAGUGCAUGUGCUGCUUUGUCCUCGCAGUGCUGGCAAAAGACAUAGCUGGAUCAAGCAAAGGGAAGUUGGAACUAUAUAUACACAUCAUCAGAAAACUAUAAUUGUGGACGCCGAUGCUGGAAAUAACCGAAGAAAAAUUGUAGCAUUUGUUGGUGGACUUGAUUUAUGUGAUGGGCGAUAUGAUACUCCUUCACAUCCUCUCUUUAAGACAUUACAGACAAUACAUAAGGAUGACUAUCAUAACCCCACUUUCACGGGUAACACUGGUGGUUGUCCAAGGGAGCCGUGGCAUGAUUUGCAUUCUAAAAUUGACGGUCCAGCAGCUUAUGAUGUCUUAACUAACUUCGAGGAGCGCUGGUUAAAAGCUUCAAAACCACAUGGGAUAAAGAAAUUGAAAAUUUCAUAUGAUGAUGCUUUACUUAGGCUCGAAAGAAUUCCAGAUGUUAUUGGCAUUAAUGACACUCCUAGUGGUGAUGAUGAUCCUGAAUCUUGGCAUGUUCAGAUAUUUCGUUCAAUUGAUUCAAGCUCUGUUAAGAGAUUUCCAAAAGAUCCAAGAGAGGCAACUGGCAAGAACCUUGUAUGUGGAAAGAAUAUGCUGAUCGACAUGAGCAUACAUACCGCAUAUGUGAAGGCUAUUCGUGCUGCACAGCAUUACAUUUAUAUAGAGAAUCAAUAUUUCAUCGGGUCUUCUUACAAUUGGAGUCAACAUAAAGAUCUUGGUGCUAAUAAUUUAAUCCCAAUGGAAAUUGCUCUAAAGAUUGCAGAAAAGAUUAAAGCAAAUGAGAGGUUUGCAGUGUACAUCGUGAUUCCAAUGUGGCCAGAAGGUGUUCCAACAGGAGCUGCCACACAGAGGAUUCUAUUCUGGCAGAAUAAAACAAUGCAAAUGAUGUAUGAGACAAUUUACAAGGCUUUGGUUGAGGCUGGGCUUGAAGCAGCAUUCUCUCCACAAGACUAUUUGAACUUUUUCUGUCUUGGUAAUCGAGAGGCCGUAAAUAUGUAUGAAAAUGUCAGUGUGUCAGGAAAUCCUCCACCAGCAAAUAGUCCACAAGCAGCUAGUAGAAAUAGCAGACGGUUCAUGAUUUAUGUUCAUUCAAAAGGCAUGAUAGUUGAUGAUGAAUAUGUGAUAAUUGGAUCUGCCAACAUUAACCAACGCUCGAUGGAAGGAACAAGGGACAGUGAGAUUGCUAUGGGAGCAUACCAACCUCAUCAUACAUGGGCAAGAAAACAGUCUUGUCCACAUGGACAAAUCCAUGGAUAUAGGAUGUCACUUUGGGCAGAACAUACUGGAACAACUGAAGACUGCUUCUUGCAACCCGAGAGCCUUGCAUGUGUGCGAAGGGUUAGAGCAAUAGGUGAAAUCAAUUGGAAACAAUUUGCAGCAAAUGAUGUAACAGAGAUGAGAGGGCAUUUACUAAAAUACCCUGCAGAAGUUGAUCGAAAGGGGAAAGUCAGAUCGCUUCCCGGUCAUGAAGAGUUCCCUGAUGUGGGAGGAAAAAUUGUUGGAUCUUUUCUUGCGAUGAAGGAGAAUCUCACCAUUUGAGUCAGUCUAAUUCUUCUAGUCCUUAGGAUGAAAUGUAUGUAAAUUACCAAAUAGAAGUUAAACAAGUUUGAAAUGCUUGAUAGUUUUACAGAAAGACAUAAAGUGUAUAGUCAAACACCACAGGUUAUUCAUUUUCCUUUUAUAGGAUUAA